AUUUUCACAAAUUUUUAAGUUAUUCCUGGGAUCAUGAUUGUUUGUAGAAAGAACUGCUCUUUUUCCUUUCCUUGGCUUCCCCUUCUUUAAACUAACACUAUGGACAACCCGGCACUGGUCGUUCAAGUGAGCUUCAUUAGCUCAUUCGUGUUGCUCAUUGCCUGGUAUUCUUUAUGGCAUUUUGGGCGGCGGUCGUCGGAGCGCGAACGGUCUUUUGUUGUCACUUUGCUCGGUAGUUUUGUGAUGACCAGUUGCUCUAUACCAGUGCUGUACCACUCCUAUCAAGCCGGCUUCGCCAGUUUGCUUGUGCCUGGGCAAAUGUUCGACUGGACUUUGGUGGCGACAUGUUUCUUUAUGACGUCGUUGGCCAUGGAUCUAGGCAUUGGCGCCUUGUUCUAUCGAUCCAAAAUCAACUUUCUAACGGGCUGGGUGCACCACACAGUCUACCUCUUGAUCCUAGGCUGGGCGAUUCAUUGUCACCUUACUCGUCUCUUUGUCGCCAUGUGUAUAUUGGAGCUGCCUACUUUGUGUCUAUCCAUCGGUUGGGUAUUUCCGCAUUUGCGACACGACUAUGUGUUUGCCAGCUUGUAUGUCCCUACACGUAUCGGCUUUCAUGCGUUCAUGGUCGUGAUAGCUUGGCCAUUCAAAUCAGAAGCAUUGGCUGCUUUGCUGGCUAUCUUCCCAUUACACUUAUAUUGGUUUUACGGAUUUAUUUGCCAGCAAAAGCGAAUCCGUAAAGAAAGUCUCAGUGCAAGCAACAGUAUCAUUACCACAACAGACUUGAAGCAGCCACUUUUGCAAGCUACCAUGUCGAGACAAGAGGAGAUAGUACCAGCCGUAUCUCCAGCUCUCUUUUCCAAUGGUCAUAGUUCACGACAGCAUAGCAGUAGUGCAAAAACAGCCGUCAACAAUUACUCGGCAUGCAGCACAAUGAGCGGUCGUAUUCCUAACGAGCCAGCCGAACCUUUUUGCAAUGUACCUGUCGGUAUUACUACCUAACCAUGCAAUCUCUUUUCCACUUUCUCAUUCAUAUGACGCUAUUUCUUUCAUCAUAUAACCCCCUUUUGUGUAUAGCUAUGUAAUAUAGAUGACUUGUCUUAUCAUUUUACAGCCCAUUUUCCGUCUUCCUGCCCUUUUAUUUAUAAACGACAAGCUCAAAUGAGCAUAAUUGUCCAUUUUAUUUCUUUCUUACCAUGCGAGAUUGAUGUACCACACCAUAUAAUUAUAUUGUAAAUUUUCCCUCAUAUCAGCCCCAACAACUACACCCAAAUUUCUACACCCUUAAUUGUUAAGAUUUAUGUAUAACAUCCUUUUA